AUGCGUGUCCCUGCCAUACUCCCACUGGUCAUUCCCCUCUUGGGGGAAACCUACAGUCGUGUACAGAAUGUGGUGCUCACCAAUGACGACGGCUGGGCUGUCGCGCAAAUCCGGGCGCAGUAUGCUGCAUUGACGGAGGCAGGAUUCGAUGUUGUCCUCUCAGCGCCUGCUCAGAACGAAUCUGGCAAGGGAUCGUCAAGCACGGCGCCCACCCCACUCAGCAAGCCCUGCGAGUACGAUUCUUGCCCCACAGGGUCUCCUGCGGAAGGGUUCAAUGCGAGCGAUCCCCAUUUGAACUAUGUCAAUGCGUACCCGGUGGAUGCAGUCCGAUAUGGCAUACAGACUCUCGCUCCACAAUUCUUCGACGGUGAAGCACCCGAUUUUGUCGUGAGCGGACCAAAUAUUGGGAACAACUUGGCCCUUUCAGUUUUCUUCUCCGGGACUGUCGGGGCUGCUUGCGAGGCCGCACAGGAAGGCAUUUCCUCAGCUGCUUUCUCUGGAGACAGCGGCUCCCAGGUGUCCUAUACAACCCUCACAAGCGAACCCAAUGCGACAUCCUCGCAAUCCGCUAGAAUCUACGCAGCAUUGACGUCACAGUUUAUCCAAACCAUUCUCACCGCCACACCUGCCGGUUCCACUGUCCUUCCGUCCAACGUGACGUUGAACGUCAACUACCCAUCAAUCGACGGAUGCGCCUACCCGUCAGACUACAAGUGGGUCUUGUCGCGAAAUGAGCCAAAUCUCGGGCAGACAGAUGUGGAGACUUGUGGGAGCACGGCUUUGCCAUGGGAGGUGACAGUGGUGAAUACGAGUGGGUGCUAUGCCAGCGUAUCCGUAAUCAGCGCGACCAGCAAGUCCGACGUCAAUGCAACCCUGCAGGCUGCGGUCCUGGGGAGAUUGACUGACUUGCCCUUGAGCUGUCUCUCAUCGUAG